AUGGGACUGGUACUGAGAAUGGACGAACUGGAGUGUGAUAGUGUCUUUGGGGACAUUGGACUUUUAAAUUGCAAACCAGUGAAAACUGAGCUCAGAGAGGAUGCUCAGCCCUACAGUGUCACAACCCCAUGCAUGCAGUCAUUGGGGAUCAUCGAAGAGGUGAGAGAGGCCACAGACUGGUGCGCGCCAAUGGUCCCGGUGGUCAAGAAAAAUGGCAAAGUCCGAAUCUGUGUGGACCUAAAGAGACUAAAUGAAGCAGUCAGGAGAGAGAGGUUCAUCUUACCUACACUGGAGGAUGUGGCGCCGAAGCUGUCAGGGGCAGCUGUCUUCUCGACCCUUGAUGCGUCCAGCGGUUUCUGGCAGAUACCCCUGGACCCAGCCAGCCAGAGGCUGACUACUUUCAUUGCUCCUGUAGGGAGAUUCUGUUUUAAAAGACUGCCCUUCGGCAUCACCUCUGCUCCUGGAAUAUUUCAGAGAGAAAUGAGCACCCUGCUACGUGAACACAAUGGCACAGUUGUGGUGAUGGACGAUAUAUUAGUGUAUGGGAAGACUAAAGCAGAACACGACUGCAACUUGAAAGCUGUAAUGCAGACAAUCAAGGCAUCAGGGCUCAAGCUCAACAAAGACAAGUGCCACUUCGCACAACCAGAGCUGCAGUACUUUGGGCACGUCAUAGGAGCUGAUGGAAUAAAGCCCGAUGGCAACAAGGUCAAAGCCGUAACCGACAUGCCAAGCCCCCAGAACGUCAGUGAACUCCGCCAAAUGCUGGGUAUGGUGAAUUACUUGGCCAAGUUCUUACCUCACCUGGCUGCCAUCCUGCAUCCAGUCACCUCCCUGCUGAGGGGUGAUGUCCAGUGGGUGUGGGGUGCAGCCCAAGAAAAGGCCUUCGAAGAAGUGAAGAAGAUGCUGGUCACGGCGCCGGCGUUGGCCUACUAUGACCCCAGCAAGUGGACAGUGGUGAGUGCCGAUGCGAGUAGUUAUGGCUUAGGAGCCACUCUCCUCCAAGACCAGGGAGACACUGUACGUCCUGUGGCAUUCUGCUCACGCACUUUGACAGAGACAGAGCACAGAUGCUCUCAGAUCGAAAAGGAGUGUCUGGUGGGGGUCUGGGCAUGCAAACGAUUCUCGCGUUACCUACAUGGCAUGGAGAGUUUUUGUCUAGAAACCGACCAUAAGCCGUUAGUACCAUUGAUCAACACCUACGACUUAGAUAAAGCACCACUGAGAUGCCAGCACUUGUUAAUGUGCCUCAUGAGAUUCAAUGUGAAGGCAGUACAUGUGCCAGGCAAACAACUCAUAAUUGCGGACACACUGUCCCGAAACCCACUGAAAGUCAGUGAUGCGUCAGAUACUGACGAGGAUGUGAAAGCCUACGUGCAGGCGGUGAUGGCUACCAGGCCGGUGUCGGACGACAGACUGGAGAAGAGCCGAGCGGCGACCCUCCAAGAUGAGGAUCUCCAGAGAGUCACCCACUACAUCCGUCACGGCUGGCCAACUUCAAUGUCGCAGUUGCCACACACGCUCCAGGGCUACCACACAGCGAGAGCUCAUCUUUCUGAAGCCGACGGCUUGUUGCUGUACGACGACAGAAUCGUCAUCCCGGGGUCACAGCGGAUGGAAGUGCUGUCCAAGCUCCACGAGGGUCACUUCGGCUUGACCAAGAGCCGGGAGAGAGCCAAGAUGUCAGUGUGGUGGCCGGGCAUCGGAUCAGACAUUACCAGGUGUGUUACAACCUGCGAGUUUUGCAUCACAAACAAACCUACUCAGAACAGAGAGACAUUAAUGACUACUCCAUUACCUAAUGGGCCAUGGCAGAAGAUAGCUGCUGAUCUGUUCGAGUUAGAUGGGAAACAGUACUUAGUCACAAUCGACUAUUAUUCCCGUGAUAUAGAGAUAACCCACCUGCCUAGUAUAACUAGCAAGCAAGUGAUCAGUUGCCUCAAGAGCAUGUUUGUGCGCUGGGGUAUUCCCCUCGAGAUUAUCACUGAUAACGGCACACAGUUUGUUUCAAAUGAGUUUAAUGAGUUCAAGAACACAUAUGACUUCCAGCGUACAACAUCAAGCCCGCACUACCUGCAAGCAAACGGUGCUGCAGAGCGAGCAGUACAGACUGCCAAGCGGACCUUGCGCCAACCAGACCCACACUUGGCGAGGAUGAAUUACAGAGCCACACCAAUCCAGUCUACUGGACAGAGCCCUGCCCAGCUUGCAGUUGGUCGCCAGAUCAGAACGAGAGUCCCCACUCUCUCAAAACAUCUGCAGCCCCGCCGUGUCAAUCUUAAGCAGCUGAACACAAAAGACAGACAGACAAAGCAGGCCUACAGAUUCUUCUACAACAGAAGGCAUUCUGCGCGUGAUCUUCCAACUUUACACCCUGGUCAGCAGGUAAAGGUCAAGCUGGAUGGGGAAAAGAGAUGGACGACUCCUGGAGUGAUAGUCUCCAAUGCACCAGAGCCACGGUCGUACGUGGUGAGAACCAAGCAAGGCACAGUCACACGUCGAAAUCGUCGACACCUGCAGCUUGUCCCAGAGCUACCCAGCCCGGAAGGACAGACACCACCAGAGGAUGAUGCCCAAACAGCUGGUGUGACCACCAGUGAACCAGCUCAGCCCACAUCAGCACCAAAGGCUCCAGACCAAGCAUCACCAGAAGGAGUGCCGGUCCAGUCGCCAUCUACACCAGUACCCAUGGUCAAGAGGUCAUCAGGAAGAACUAUCAAGACUCCUGUGAAGUUCAAGGACUUUGUCCGACCAAUGCCUAGCUUAAAGAAAUGA